AUGCAAAACUCUGUAAAUAAAAAAAUAAGAAUGAAGUUAAAUGGCAUCGAUAAAAGGAGUAGCAUAAAUAUUAUAACUAAUGAUAUAGCAUCCCAAUUAAAUAAAAAAACAAUAAGUAAUAAUAAUAAUAAUAAUAAUAUAAAAAUCAAUAUAAGUAAUAAUGAUAAUAUCCAUAAAAUUACGAAUGAUAAUAAGAAUGACGUACAAACUAGUAAUGUCCGAAAAAGACAUUCAGUAGAUACAAUAUAUAAUUUAAAAAAUUUAAGUAAAAAUAUAAAAAUAAAUAUAGGUAGCUGUUCAAAUAACCAUAAAACCUUAACAAUUAAUAAUAUGAACAGUGUAGAAAAAAAUAAUAUUGAAAAGAAUGUAAAUAAUGAUAAUAUUAUGAAAGAUAAUAAUUAUGUAAAUAAUAUAAAAGAUAAUAAUAUAUAUGAUAAUAAUUAUGAAAAAAAUGAAAAAAAUAUAAAAGAAAUUGAUAAUCAUCAAAAAACUGAUAGCGUUGUAAAAAGCGAUAUAAGUUUAAAAAAUGACCUAAACAGAAAAAGUAACACAAGUCAAAAAAGUGAUAUUAGUAUAUCAAGUGAAAUAAAUAAAAGUGGUAGUACUAGCCGUAUAAAUAUAAAUAGUAUGAAUAAUGUAACCCAUACAAAUAGGAAGAGUACAAGUGAUUUAUUGAAUGAUUUAACAAAUAAAAACAACACAAAUUAUAUUCACAAUAAUAAUAAUAAUAGUAGUAGUAGUGUUAUGAAUGGAGAUAAAAAUAAUUAUAAUUUUAUACAAAGAAAUAAAGAAGUUUUAAAAAAUAAUUUGAAAAUAUUUUUUAAAAAUGAAAAUAUUCCUUUUUCAUUUCUUUAUCAUAAAGUAUUAACAAUAUUAAAGUCACAUUAUAAUAAUCAUGUUAGUAAUAAUCCUACAACAGCUAAUAAAGGUAUAUCCUUUUAUCAUAUGGAAAAUAUGUUAAUAAAUUUAGGUUUUAAAGGAGUCGAUAUUAAUAAUCAUUUAUUAUUAAGUUAUUUAGCCUCCUCAAAACAAAUAAAAGUUGAUAUGAAUGAAAAAAGACUAUGUUAUAUGAAUCCAUAUAUCGAUAUUACAAAUAUGAAUGCUUUAUUAAAUAAAAUUAAUAAACAAGGAUUUUUAUAUGGAUAUGAAAUUAAUGAUGAUUUAAUAAAUACUAAUAAAGAAGUUUAUAAAUGGAUAAAUGUAUUAUUAUAUGAAAAAAAAGUAAGAUGUAUAAGAACUAAUAAUAGUCAUUUAAGAGGAAAACUCAAAUGUAAAAAUAUACCAAAUGUAUGUGAUAUAUAUGCAAAAACUAAAUGUGAUAAUUGUUUCUAUAAUCUAAAAGGAUAUCUUUUCUUCCCACUCUCCUAUGAACAUAUAGAAAAAGAAAGAUAUUCAAUUACAAACGAUAUGAAAAUGUUAUGGGAUGAAAUAUCGCUACCUUCACUUGAUAAUAUCUUAAAAGAAUAUAAAUUGAAAUCAACAAAUAAUGUUUUUAUGAAUGAAAAUUUACCAAAGAAAAAAAAUAAAGAUGAUAAAUUAUCACCUAUUCUUAAAAAAAUGAAGAGAAUAUAUAAUACACACUUAUUCACUGCAGAUGAAAUUAAAAAUGAGUUUAUCCACAAAAAAUAA